GGCCCAGGUCAUGGAUGGUCCCUUUUCCUGAUUUAUAGAUACGGCAUGCUCUCCCCAAACCCCAGGCCUUUUGUCCAUCUAAACAACUACUAUAAUCCCAACUCCCCUUUCCACACCCAUACCUGCCACCUUCGUCUGACUCCUGAUCAAACAUCCCACCAGAUCGUGCCACGAGUCGACAAGUACCGAAACUUACCGUAAAUUCGGGUCCCUGUAAACUAUUUCGAAAUAAAUUCUCUCGAGCCCCUUUCCUAAUCUUGAACCACACCGUUACACCCUCGGUUAGAAUACCAUCUAUUAGAAUACACAUUCCACUACACGAGCACAAUGGAAGCAAUCAACAGCUUGGCAAGCGUGGCCACCAAGGCCAUCUGGGGAGAGACCAACAACACUACCGCCGCCAAUGACAAAGAUAAAGACACUCCUGCGACCCCUGACGUAACAAAGAAGGAGCCCAUCUCAGGCGUCCAAGGAGACACGGCCAAGGGUGAGCCCUUUGACGCCGGCAAUAUCGAAAAUGUCGACGCUACCAGCAGGACCGAGGCCGAGAGCAAGAUCACGACAGACGACAAGACCCAAGACGAGAGCAAACCCAAGACGGAAAACAAGCUCAAGACGGAAAGCAAGCCUGAGACAGAAAGCAAGCUCGAGGCGGACAGCAAGCCCGAAGCUGACCCAACCGUUGGAGACAAGCCGUCGUCGCAUAUGAAGGAUGACAGCACCACGCACCAAAUUGAUGUUCGUGAUCCCAACACCACAGCCGAUCACGACAAGGAGCAGAAGAAGCACGAUGUCGACAACGUCGAGCCCCUCCAGGCAGACAAACUCAAGGGCCCCGGUCCCAAGCCACUUGAGGUGGUUGCUCGGGAACGAGGAGGCGACGCUGGUAACUCGCCCGCGGACGCCAAGACGGACUCCCCGAAUCCUAUCGAUGGCGCGGCGGAUGCCCCCAAAGAUGAAGCCGAGAAGAAGGACUCUCCCAAGGUGAACGAGGACGGUGAGCCCCUGGGGACGAAGCAUGUCAGCAGCACUGGUGUUGCUGCUGAUGGUGGUGAUUUUGAUGCCGCCAACCCUGGCGCUGGAGCAGAGGCCGAGAAAAUCCUACAUGACAAAGGCAUCCACACCGAAAAGCCGGCCGCGGACAAGAAGGAAGAAUCGCCCACCCGUAAGGCGGUCUCACCCAGCGGCAAGUCGACGGGCGGAAGCCCCGAUAGGAAGGGCAUUAGGGGUCUCGGCCACAAGAUUAAGGAUAAGCUGCGCCGAAGCUCUCAGUCCUGAGCCAGUCGGGUCCAACCCAUGAUGAUGGUUCAGUCGAGCCUGUUGUUGACUUUGCUAUUUUUCUAAUGCCGGUUUCCUUUUUGUAGUUGGUAUUGAUAUCCAAGGCAUACUGAUUGGGAGGAACCAUGAAAAAGGGGUUUCUUGUUUGUCCGGCCCUCAACAUGUACAGUUCUUUGUUGAAUCGGCUGUACGGUUUUGCCUUUUUUGCUUUAUUGUAACUUUGUCAAAUUAUUGUUUAAUAGAUGAGCAGCCUCGUUCAUGACGUUUGACGAGUUCUUUUAUGAUAGUUACCCCUGAGUACUUUAAUCAUGAAGUUUUGGCAUCCAGGUCGAAUGCGCA